AGCUCACCGGCGCGCCCGAGCCGGAGGCAGCGGAAGGGAGGCGGCUUCCAGGCAGGUCCCCAGCGGCCCCGCGUAGCCGGCGGCAUGCAGGCGCUCAACGUGACCCCGGAGCAGUUCUCCCGGCUGCUGCGGGACCACAACCUGACGCGGGAGCAGUUCAUCGCGCUCUACCGGCUGCGGCCGCUCAUCUACACCGCGGAGCUGCCCGCGCGCGCCAAGCUGGCCUUCGUGCUCACCGGCGUGUUCAUCUUCGCCCUGGCGCUCUUCGGCAACGCGCUGGUGGUCUACGUGGUGACCCGCAGGAAGGCCAUGCGCACCGUCACCAACAUCUUCAUCUGCUCGCUGGCGCUCAGCGACCUGCUCAUCACCUUCUUCUGCAUGCCGGUGACGGUGCUCCAGAACAUCUCGGACACCUGGCUGGGGGGUGCCUUCGUUUGCAAGAUGGUGCCAUUUGUCCAGUCUACAGCUAUUGUGACAGAAAUUCUCACUAUGACCUGCAUUGCUGUGGAAAGACACCAGGGACUCGUCCACCCUUUUAAAAUGAAAUGGCAAUACACCAACCGAAGGGCUUUUGCGAUGCUAGGUGUGGUCUGGCUGGUGGCUGUCAUCGUAGGAUCACCCAUGUGGCAAGUGCAGCGACUUGAGAUGAAGUAUGACCUCCUAUAUGAAAAAGAACACGCCUGCUGUUUGGAAGGGUGGAGCAGCCCCAUGAACCAGAAGAUCUACACCACCUGCAUCCUCGUCGUCCUCUUCCUCCUGCCUUUGCUGCUGAUGCUCAUCCUGUACAGUAAGAUCGGAUAUGAACUUUGGGUAAAGAAGAGAGUGGGGGACGGCUCAGUGCUCCGUACUACUCACGGGAAAGAAAUCUCCAAAAUUGCCAGGAAGAAGAAGCGAGCUGUCAUGAUGAUGAUGAUAGUGGUGGCUCUCUUUGCUGUGUGCUGGGCACCGUUUCAUGUCAUUCACAUGAUGAUUGAAUACGGUAAUUUUGAAAAGGAAUAUGAUGAUGUCACAAUCAAGAUGAUGUAUGCUAUAGUGCAAAUCAUCGGAUUUUCCAACUCCAUCUGUAAUCCCAUUGUCUAUGCGUUUAUGAACGAAAACUUCAAGAAGAAUUUUCUGUCUGCGAUUUGUUGCUGCAUGAUACGAGAAAACUUCUCUCCUGCACAAAGGCAUGGAAAUUCGGGGAGUACAAAUAUGCAAAAGAAAGCCAAGUUUUUCCAGAAAGAAAACCCAGUCAUAGAGCCCAAAGGAGAAGCCUUCAGUGAUGGCAACAUUGAUGUCAGAUUGUGUGAACAGCCAGAGGGGAAAAAAGGCCUCAGACGACACCUGGCCUUCUUUAGUUCUGAACUUUCCGAGAAUUCUGCUUUCGGUAGUGGGCACUGACUAUAAUGAUCUUCACAAUUGCUGCCAUUCAUAUUGUCAUCCAAAGAGAAAAUUAUUUUGAGCAAAGGUC